CGUAACUUCCGUUGUCGCGCAGGUUCUGGCAUUUGAUUUGCUGUUUACUAACCAGUUUAUUGAAGAGGAACAGACACAAGGGACAAAAUGAAACAAACCAUUAACGAAAAUCUUUGCUGAACUUUAAAACGGUAAACUUAAAAUAUCGCCGGCUUUCUUUUUAAGAAAUCGAAAGUUAGGAGGGUGUUCGUGAUCAAAGUUUCUAUGGUUGGGUAAAGUCAUGGCUAUAGCGCACGCAGCCACCGAGUAUGUGUUCACGGAUUUCGUGUUGAAGGAGCCAGCAUCAGAAAACAGAUAUAAGGGCAUACGAUUAGAUUUAGCCCUGGAUAAGAUGGUCACCUGUAUCGCAGUGGGUCUGCCUCUACUUCUCAUCUCUCUGGCUUUCGCUCAGGAAGUGUCUGUUGGUACACAGAUAAGUUGUUUUUCUCCAACAAAGUUCUCAUGGCGUCAGGCUGCUUAUGUGGACUCGUAUUGCUGGGCAGCAGUACAAACACAGGACACUGGAGGCUUGCCAUUAUGGUUGCAUAAGUUUUUUCCAUAUGUCCUGUUGCUGGUGGCAGUAUCAGCGUACGUACCAGCUUUGUUUUGGAGGUUUACGGGAGCUCCUGUACUAUCUUCUGAUUUAACCUUUAUAAUGGAAGAACUGGACCGCUCUUACAACAAAGCAAUAAUACUGGCUAAACGUCUUCACACUGCAGAAGCACUGGAUUCAGAGUCCGCUCGAGUAGAAUCUCACAGCUCUAUGCUGGACCGUCUCGAGAGCUGCUUUAGAUAUCCUUUGGUGGAACAGUAUUUGAAGACCAAGCGCUACUCGAAUGGAUUACUGGUCCGUUAUAUCAUCUGCCGUGCUUUUACCUUCUUGGCCCUCCUAAUAGCCUGCAUCUACCUUUGUUACUACAUCCGUCUCUCCAUUACAGAUGAGUUUCAAUGUGAUAUCCGGUCUGGUAUAAUGAUUAAUGACUCCUCAGUACCCCCUCUCAUGCAGUGCAAGUUGGUUGCUGUGGGCAUCUUUCAGCUCCUGAGCUACAUCAACCUGUGUGUGUAUUUGCUGCUAUUGCCAUUGUGCCUGUACGCUAUGUUGGUUCCGUUCAGAAUGAAAAGGGGAUUUUUAAAGCCCUACGAGAUGCUACCAACAAUAGGAGUGAUGCAUAUUGAGAGAGUGACCUGGGAUGAUCUUGCACUUUAUCUGCUGUUUCUGGAGGAGAACCUCAGUGAGCUAAAAAGUUAUAAGUGCCUAAAGGUGAUCGAAUUGCUAAAGGAGGAAGGAGAUGAGUCAUUUGACACUAUGCUGCUGUUACAGAAUCUUGGACAGGUAAAAACAGAUGUGGUGGAUAGCAGAUUGCCUAAAGAUUUGAAAAACUCCAACAACAUUGGCACUGAGAUGAAAGAGGUUUCUUCACUUCUGCAGAAUGACCACAUCAAAAAGUGUGAGACUGAGAAGGUUGUGCACAAGAGAGUGUUAUAAAUAGCUGUUUUUAUGGUGAACAGACUUCCAGCAUCCUAUUGAGGCAUCUGCAAAAGCAACAUCUUUUUUAUGGAUGAAUGCUUUUUGGAGGAAAUUGACACUGGAUAGGAAUCUUACCCUUUUGUUUUUAAAGCAUAACUGCUCUCAUUUGGACAAAAUAUUUACUUGGAAUUAUUUGCAAUUUCUGUUUUCUUUGCUGACAUCUCUGAACUGAAAGUUUGAUUUAGCACAGAGAUGUAUAAAGUGAGUUAAAGGUACAAUUAGAUUUUUUUAGUUACUUUAGUUGUCUAUGAUGUGAAGGGUCUAAUUAUAAUUAUAAUACUUUGAGAAUAUUGUGAAACUCUGCCUUGAACAUUCUGUUCUCACUCCCAUUUUAGUCUUGGUACUUUUAAAAUGUCAAGAUUGACAGCCAUUAUUGGAACUCCGCAUAGACAUGCUGAUUUUCUUAUAAAGGAACAUGUGGACACUUACAGGGACAGUGCAUCUAUAGUAAAAAUGGACAUAAACCAUAAGUACAUACAUAAGCUUUUAUGGAUUAUUGCAAGUUCAUGGAAUUUUGAAUUUACAUCAGAGUCCUAUCUAUAUCAUGUUAAAAUUGGAAACAUUUGAAACUUUGAACUUUGCUUUUAUUCAUGUUCAAUAAACUUAUUACUUACAGGUUGCUUACUUGGAAUAAGUGUCAGCUCAGACAUUUUGAAUGGGCCAAAGUUUGAAUGUUUUGGCUAAUGCAACAUUUAUAGGAACCAGCACAAGAGGGAUGAAAAAAGCAGCUCUAAAAGUGAUUUCUGUGGGAGAAAACGUGGAAACAUUCCACCAUCUGUUAUGUGGUACAGAUCUCUGUGGUAGCAAUUGUAUUAAACUUGAUUGAU